AUGGCAACCGUCGCACCACCACCGGCGAGCGAACGGAAGCGCGUCAAAGUCUACGAGCUCAAGAACAAUGACUGGUUCGACAGAGGCACCGGCUUCUGCAAGGGUGUUGUAGCAAAUCAGGAGGAAGCAAGGAUUGUAGUCUUGUCCGAAGACGACCAGUCGCGACAGCUCCUCGAAACGCGCAUCUCCAAGGAUGAUGGCUAUCAGAAACAGCAAGAUACCCUCAUCGUAUGGACUGAGCAAAAUGGCACCGACAUGGCCCUCAGUUUUCAGGAGCCCGAGGGCUGUGCCAGCAUAUGGGACUUUGUCAACGAAGUGCAAUCGCGAUUGCAGACUUUAGCGCAGGACGAUGGUCUUUCAGACGAUUUGGACCAUAUUAAUCCCAUACUUCUCCCAAACCCAGAUCUCGGCAACCUUCACGAGAUUGAAAACCAUAUGCGCGCUGCAAACUCUACCCCAGGAGGUCGAGAAGCCCUCGCCAAAUUCAUCCUUGCUCAGGAUUACAUACCGAAACUGAUUCCGCUUGUCGACAUGGCCGAAGACCUCGAAAGCGUAUCGGAUCUCCACCGGCUAUGCAGCAUCAUGAAGAUGCUCAUCCUACUCAACGACACUGCCAUUAUCGAAUACGUAGUGACAGACCCCGUUGUCCUGGGAGUUGUUGGAGCUCUAGAAUACGACCCGGAUUUUCCCUUGCACAAAGCGAACCACCGACAAUACCUCGACGACGAAUCCAAAUUCAAAGAGGUUGUCAAGAUUGAAGACGAGAAUAUCAAGCGGAAAAUUCAUUACACUUAUCGCCUACAGUACCUCAAAGACGUGGUGCUUGCACGCAUCCUCGACGACCCCACCUUUAGCGUUCUCAACUCCCUCAUCUUCUUCCACCAAGUCGACAUUGUCCAGCACCUUCAAGCAAACGGCCCCUUUUUGAAAGAGCUUUUUGGCAUCUUCUCGCCCAAGGAGCAGAAUCUCUCGAGAAAAAAGGAUGCAGUCUUGUUCAUUCAGCAGUGUUGCGCCAUAGCAAAGAGCCUGCAGGCAAAUGUUAGGGCGCAGCUUUAUCAAAACUUCAUUAGUGGUGGCCUGUUGGAAGUCAUACAGUUUGCGCUCAAACACCAAGAUGCUUCAGUUCGAGUAGCAGGCACAGACAUACUUGUGUCUUUGAUCGAUCACGAUGCUCUCAUGGUGCGCAGCUACAUUUUCAAGGCCAUUCAGGAAAAGACCAAGCCACUUACCGAUACCCUGAUUGAGUUACUUCUGAUUGAAGUGGACUUGGGAGUCAAGGCGCAGAUGGCAGAUGCGAUUAAGAUUCUGCUAGACCCCAAUGCCAACUCGGCGUCGAUAGAGGCGCUUGGGCGAACUAACAGUGACUUCCUUGCUAAGAUGAGGGGUCAACUUCCGUCCAUACCGCAAACUGACUCUUUUAUUCAAAAUUUCUACGACGAGUCUGCACGGAAACUCUUCCAGCCUCUCAAAGAUCUCGAAGGCCGCGAGUCUAUGGAAGAUCUAUCAAUGCAAGAAGUGUCAUUAUACGCCCACCUGGUCGAGGUCCUUUGUUUCUUCAUCCGUCAACAUUCUUUCCGCAGCAAAUACUUCAUUCUAUCCGAAGGCCUCGCAAUGCGGGUAGCACAACUUAUGGCCUGUCCGGAGAAGCAUUUGAAACUUACUGCGCUCAAGUACUUCCGCACUGUUCUCGGUUUCCACGACGAAACACAUAACCGCCAAAUCAUCCAACACCACCUUUUCGAGCCCAUCUUGCAGAUCCUAUUCGAUACGAUGCCUCGCGACAAUCUCCUCAACUCGGCAUGCCUGGAGUUGUUUGAAUUCAUCAGGCGCGAAAACAUCAAGAUGAUUGUUCAGCAUCUGGUCGAGAUGUACAGGGAGAGAUUACAAGCUGUCACCUAUGUCGACACAUUCCAAAAUCUGAUCCUCAAGUAUGACCAGAACCAUGAGCCAGUCACUACUCAGGAGCUCGACAAUUCAUUCACAAGUGUGGACAGUGACACACCUGCGCGACAUCCCGCAAAUGUCAAUGGUGGCAAGUGGGGUCAAGGCUUGAAGGACGUAGAUGCGGACGAGGAAGCAUACUUCAACACAUCAGACGAUGAGGAUGAACAACUUGCCACUACUGGCAAAAUCGCCCUCAAUGGAGCAUCGCCGGUGCGCCCCCUCGUUAAUUACCCGGAUGACGACGCCGACGAUGCCGAUAUGGAUGAUCUCACUACCGGGCUGCCGGCCUCUGUGCACAAGAUUUCAGCAGAGACGCAAACCCCAGAAACCACUCCAUCACCAAACUCUGCUUCUGCAGGAUCGCCGCCGGAACGUAUAUCCGAAAAGCGCCGUAGAGAAGAGGAUGAGGAGGAUGAGCUUCUUGCAAGCAUCUCCACAUCUGCAGGUCCAAAGCGCCGUGCUUCAACAUCAAGCAACGCAAGCUCAGGAAGCCUGCGGAACUUGCGCCGGAAGUCGCCCAAUGUCAAUGCCGGCAAGGAUGGUGGUGGAACACCAAAGAAGAUCUCGUUGUCCAUUCCACUGAAAAGUAGUGGUGAGGGAGGCGCGGGCGAAUAG